UCGUUGUCUUCUUCGUUAGAGGUUGUGUCAAAGUCUUUGCUGAAAUAACGUGUGUAGAAGUGCUUUACUUCGAUACAGACUUUGUGAAUUUCGAGUAAGCAGUCUUGGCCGUUCGGGAAAGACGUUUAACAGGUCUAUCGAACCAGUUUUCGCUGUGAAAGAUCGUUCACCUACGUACGAAGUCAAUAUACGAUUCUAUCGAAAUUCGAAAAGAAUAAAAAAAGUAUAAAUGGCUUCCACAGGACUCCGCGUAUCCAACAACGCCUUGAAUCAAAACGAAAGAAGCAAGCUGUCGAAGAGAGUUCAAGACGAGAAUGCAGAAAGCAAGAAAAACGAAGCCUUACCGGCAAAACGCGCAGCGUUGAGUACCUUGUCGUCAAACAACAUUAGAAUUCAGCCGUUCAGAGCUGCGAAGGCACAAGCGCCGACAGCGUCCUUUCGGAAUUCAAGCGACAAUGUUUUUGCCAAAGUUGCCAACUCUGGUUUCAACGUUCCUUCACAGGGCUUCUCAAUAUACGUCGAUAAAGAUUCAAACAAGCCAACGUCUUUAGCUGGAAAAAGAAAUUCCUCUUCUGUGAGAACGGAAACCCUCGAACUUGAUUCUGUGGUCACAGCGCUGUCAAGACAACCUUUGGCUGAAGUAUUUCCACCACCAAGCCUUCAUCCUAAAAUUGAUGACUCGCCAAUGUUGCUUGAUUCAAGUGAUGAAGAAAGUGAAGCAGAUGAUACACAGCAAAUCAAAGAUAUAGAUACAAGUUCAGAUGUCAUAAUUGAUGUUCCUGAGUAUGCAGCAGAAAUUCAUCGCUACCUAAAGGAAGCUGAGUUAAAAUACAGACCCAAAUCUGGCUAUAUGAAAAAACAACCAGACAUUAACAACAGCAUGAGAGCAAUUCUUGUUGAUUGGCUUGUUGAAGUGGCAGAAGAAUACCGUCUAUCUCCAGACACCUUGUACCUUGCUGUGAAUUACAUUGAUCGUUUUCUUUCAUCCAUGGUUGUACUAAGAAAGAAACUACAGCUUGUUGGAACUGCUUGCAUGCUUAUAGCAUCCAAGUUGGAGGAAAUUUAUCCACCUGAAGUAGCAGAAUUUGUAUAUAUCACUGAUGACACAUAUUCUGACAAGGAGGUUAGAAAAAUGGAGAACUUGGUGCUCAAAGUUCUUGCAUUUGACUUGUGUGUCCCAACAAUACUGUCAUUCUUGGGUCGAUAUGAGAGGGCAGCUGAUGUUCCAGAAGGAAUGAAAAGAAAGUUCUGCUUUUUAACAAGGUAUAUCUGUGAACUUACACUGCAAGCUGCAGAUCCUUAUUUAAAAUAUCAUCCUUCGACUAUCGCCGCUUCUGCUGUGGUUUUGUCUCUGCAUAUUCUUGAGCUUCCGUCAUGGACACCCUCGUUAAAGCACUACACGGGUUUUGAACUGUCAAGCUUGAAUGAUUGUAUCAGUGAUUUACACAGAACCUUUUCCAUGGCACCGGGCCAUCCUCAAAAGGCGAUUCGAGAAAAAUACGCGGAAUCCAGAUUUUUGAAUGUUGCAAAUAUUCCUUCACCAAGUACAGUUCCGAUAGCGUGAAUGGACAAUCCUAACUCGUUUACAUUUGUCAUCUCUCGGCCUGGCGGGCAACUUGGCAAAAUUGUACAUUUGUAAAUAUGCUGUACAGAUUAGACUGUGGUAGAUCUGACCCACAUUAUUGUGCAUAUGUAGCUACAUAUUCUCCCACUGCCAACCCUAAACAGUUUGAGGCGGUUUUAUUGGAAGAAAGCACUAAAAAUAUCGAAAUGUUUGGAACCCGAUUGAAUUAGAGUUAGUUAGAUAUUGUUAAAUUUUACCCCAUUUUUCCAAGUUUUUAU